UUACACUUGCCAGGAAACUGACACAUAGAUGAGUGUGACGAGUCCACCAUACACUGUAAUAUACAAACAUGCAGUAUACACAUCUCUCGCUGAAGAGCACCUACAGCUUUGUGAACACUAGCAACGUUAAUGUUAGUGGAGCUGUUCGUCACACAGAUUCCAUUGAAUAAUGGCGACUCAAACACAGGUUGUUGGCAAGUCAGGAUUUGCUGACAACUGGCAAGCCGGGAAGACCCUUGCAGAAUGUAAUCUGCGCAUGUUCAGUGCUGAAGAUUCCUGUGACGUCACUUUUCAAGUCGGAAGUACGAGUCAUGUGAUCAAGGCUCACCGCUACGUGCUCAUCAGCAGAAGCUGUGUGUUCCAUUCCAUGUUGUCUGGGUCCCGUUCGAAGAAGUCCGACAUCAUUGUCCCGGAAAUAGAGUACCAUCACUUCAAACAAUUUCUUGUAUACCUCUACACCGACAGCACGCACGUUGACGUUGACAAUGCACCAGCUUUACUGUACAUCUCCAGGAAGUACGCCAUAAACACGUUAGAAUCACGUUGCCUGGAAUUCCUCGAGGAACACCUCUCAGCCGACAAUGCCUGUAUGAUUCUAAAGGCGGCUCAUCGUUUUGGCCAAAGUGAGUUGUACCAGAAAGCCUUGACUUUAGUAAAGGAUGAGGGUGAAAGAUCAUUACAGUCCCCUGAUUUUCUGGCACUGGGUCAAUCGUUGGUGGACCAGAUCGUGGAAUCGGAUGACCUCGUUGCUCGAGAGCAUGUUGUCUUUAACGCCGUCAACAGUUGGGCAGAGGCCGAGUGUAGACGCAAAGGAAGGGAGGCAACUCCCGACGCCAAGAGAUCACUUCUGGGUGGGACAUUAAUGAAAGUUCGUUUUCCGCUUUUAGAACAUGCAUUCCUAAGGGAAGAGGUGAAAACCAGCGGUCUUUUGACUGACUCCGAGCGUCUUAAGAUAUUCGAUUACACAGCAAAUUCAGCAUCUGACUUCAAGCUGUUUAAUACAAAACCGAGAGCAAGAUAUCACAAAACGCCCAUACACUAUGUCAAAAGACUGACAUCAAUGUAUAAAGGGUAUUCUUGGAAGUACAGUGGCAAACAUGAUGCCAUAGCCUUCUAUACCAACAGGAGGUUGAUGUUAAUUGGGUACCAGCUGUAUGGUCCCUACAGCACUACUGGCGAUUGUGUGUACAGUGUAACCUCCUUUCUUGGGAACGACGACACAGUCCUAAACUCCAAGAUUCAGGACACCGUAGAGUAUAAGGUUCGAGACCGCGUUUAUGAUGUGAUGCUGGAGAACCCCAUAACCAUCACGGCGGGAGACUGGUACACUCUGGCAGUGAAGAUAAAAGGACCCAUCACACCCAGGGGAGAUGGUGGAGCUGAACAGGUGGUGUGCGAUGACGGAGUUCAGUUUAACUUCAGGAACUCCAAUCACAGCAAAAAUGGCACAAAGGCUUACAUAUGGACAGAUACCAUCUCUCAUCUACCGCCUAGUGUAAAGCUACAUUGUGACCUUUGACAACGGACUCAAAAUGAUUUUGUUGAAUUUCGGUUUUGAACCACGACAUAGUGUACUUUGAUCGUGCUGUCACGGAACAAAUUAACCAAGCAUACUUUCAUUGUUGGCAUUGUGUGUAUUUACGCUUACUUUAAAAAUUACUCUGUCAUUUAUGUGUAAAGUGGCAAGAGUGUUAUCAAUGUGUGUUAUAAGAUCUCGUUACGUGUGAAUAUUAACUGAUUAGAUGGUCAACUAUUACCUUCCUGAAGGCAUGAGUGAACGAGCUUCACCCUGCCGAAAACGAAAAUAAGUUCUCACACAAGCCUGCACAUUCUGGUGCAUUUUGGAGGCACAUUAGUGGCUGAUCAGUCAGUUUUAUACCUAAUCUGCAGGUACAUGGUACCGGGGGCAUAUUAUUCCCUGACAUCUCCUGUGUUCAAGAUUUGAUACUAGAAUGUUUGGACGAAGCUGGAUACAUUGUUAUCAUUUGCUUACAUUAUAUAAGAUCGUGUAGGGUUUGAUAAAUGAUACCUGUCAUAUAUAGUAUGACCAGAAAUUAUAGAGAAUUUUA